CAUAUGUGGACGUUUGUGGCCUGGGAACUUUAGCAAGCUUUACCUCUAUCGCGAAAUCUACCGAGAUGGAAUUUCUGUCAGGUGUAUUCCAUUUAGGAUGUGGAAUUUAUUAUAUUUGCGGCACUUAUUGGGACUUUCAAAUUGUGACACCUCAUGUAAGCACCUAUGGAGGAAGAUGGAAGUUUCUAACAUUUUUGAAUUUGGUAAGAAAGGUUUUAUAUUUUGGCACAGUUGUAAUAUUUACACUGACCUUCAUGGAACCAGCAGAAGCAUGCAUGAUUUUAAAUGUUAAUAGAAUUACCCUUCGUUCAUAGAUUUAAUUAUACCGUGAUCACCUAUAAAAUCUUUGGUUCCAACUAUUUAAGCCAUCCUCAACUCUAAUACCAAUGAAAUAACUUGUUGUGGUGAUUCUGUAUUGUAUCCGUUUCUAGCCAUUUCUUAUGGAUUUUGUAAUUGGAAAAAAGCCGGGUACACAAUAUCUUUUAAGUUUGAACGAUUUUAAGAAGAUAGGUGUUAACAAAUGAACACUAAAGGAAUUCCUAAGCUGUAGCAAAAUAAUUUCUUUAAAUUAACUCAUCGCUAGUAAGAUUACAUGUUGGACGGAUUAUUUUUUGUACAAUUCUUUUUUUAAAUUGAUCCCGAGUAGCACAUAUAAUCAUGAACCGAUUACGUAAUCCUUAAUUUUAGGAAUUACACCAUUAGAAUUUAAUUACCCCAUGCUAAAUUUGAAAUAGGAAUUUGAUGCUUUUGUUUUGGCACUGAAACAAAACACAUUUCACAUAAUUUUGGCCAGUGGCUCAGCCAAGACAGUUAUCACGUUUAAAUUAUGGUAGCUUUUGAAUGACAUGCUUGAAUAUAAGACUGUAAGGAGUACAGGCGGCCUAAAUAUACUGUGAAUGAUUUUGGGGUUUAAAGGUCAUUUACUAAAAUGCCAAUUAUUAAGACUGAAUUUUAAGUGUAAGCCUGUGCUGUAGAAAAGAAAAAUAUUUUUAGAAAAAUUGAAAAAGUUGAAAUGAUAUAAAGGCCAGUCUCCAUAGCUUCACUCCACAGCCGCCUUGUCUCUUCUGGCUGUCUUUAACAUUACUUUGUCAACUUUCUUUGUGCCAGGUAUUAUGGAAUAUAAAAUGGAGAAGGCAGGCUACUUGAACUAGUCCAAAGCACCGACAGUCGCCUCUCCAAGGCCAAUAAAUUCCACAAAAGUCAACUGAUUUCCCUUAAAUUGCCACCAGCGAGAGUAAAUAGCAAAUAAUAACCUGUUAGAGCACAAAAUGUUCCAAUUUCUGUCCUUGUUAGCACAAAGGUGCUCCACAGGCAAACCAGACACUGUUAGGAGGUCUUAUUAGACCACAGGUGACCAGGAUGCUCAAGUGAAAAUUCUGUCCAGCCACAAAAAUUAAAUCUUUCAAAUCAGUGCUCAUAUUGGGCUGCCAAAUUACUGAAAACAUCCGGCAAUUUUGUUAUUUCAGAUUAUUCAACUGUUGUACUUCAUCAUAGCACCAUUGGGUGACGUUGUUACUCUCCUUAGUGGACGGAAAGAUAACUGGCUUGUUAAACUGCGGGAUUUAUUGUUUUCAUCUCUAGCUUUUCCUCUUGGUGUGGUAAGUGUUUUAAUUAACUUUUAUUUAUUAAUUUAUUUAUUAUUUAUUAUUAUUAUUUAUUAUUAUUAUUUAUUAUUAAUUAAUUAAUUAAUUAAUUAAUUUAUUGUUUUCAUCUCUAGCUUUUCCUCUUGGUGUGUAAGUGUUUUAAUUAACUUUUAUUUCCAUUUAAAGGGAAUUAAAUCCUUGUCACCCAUUCUGGAAGCUUUCUUUUAGUUAAAAAAAAGAGCCAACUUUACAAUAACUAUAAUUAUUAUUAUGACAAUUAUUAUUAUAACUAUUUUUAUCAAUCACCAUAAAUGUUAUAAUUAUUAUUGUUAUUAUUGUCUACUUAUAAUAUUUCUAUUGCAGUAAAUUUGUCCUAUAAUUUAACAAAAUUAUUAGAUUAUAAGUAAUUUGUGAAGUGCUUAUGUAAUAAUUUUUACGUCUAACAUGCAACCCACCUAGAAUAGCACUCAAGCUAACUGUGGGCGCAUGAAAAAUUGCAAAUACAGAUCCAAGUAAUAAAAUGUAUGUAUGUAAAAAAAAAAAUGCGGUGUUUCUAAGAGCUUGAAUCAGCAUUAUGUUGCUAAUGACAUAUAUAUCUAUGCUUAAAAAUUUAAAGAAAUUGUUUUACAAAUGUUUCUUCUGUUCAAUUGUUUUUCUAUUCCAGUUUGUUGCAGCUACCUUUUGGGGUAUAUACCUAAUGGACAGAGAGCUCAUCUUUCCUCGUGCAUUGGAUAAGAUAUUCCCUUCAUGGCUCAAUCAUAUUUUGGUAUGAGUUCUGAGUUCUCCUUUGGAUAUUUUCAUUGCAGUAUCUCUAAUUAGCAGACGCUUGUAAAAGCCCAUAAGUAACUGUAUGCUGUGCUCCAAGCUCAGCUUUAACCCUUAAAAGUUUAAACCUUAAAAGUUUAAACCUAAUAGAGAUCAGCAUCUAAAUUCUCCUCACAUUAUUGUUCCAGAAUUAAACAUUGAUGUCAUGAGAAGUAAUGAUUGAUAUCACCAACCAAUAAAACUCUUGAUUUUAAAACAAAUUCUCCCUUUCCACACCAUACAAAAUGUGUAGAAAGCAGAAUUGAGAUUAUUUAAUUAUUGUGAUGUUAGGGUGUAGAGGGUCAGUCAAAACUGCAUCAAGAAUUCCAGAAAUAUGAAAUGGCUGCUAGAAACAAAAUUUAAGUUGCCAAAAAAUAAUUGAUCAAAACAAACAAACAAAUCUACAACACUGUUGUCUUUCAUUGGCAUUGUAAAUAAUAAUGAUAAUAAUAUUAAAUUUCAGAUCAUUGUUAAAAUCGAAAGCUAAUAAUCUAAGCUUUCGCAAAUCAAAGGCAUACCAGGAUAUGAAAAUAGUCCACAGGGAGCUUUAUACAAAUAAAUUUAAAGUAGAAAUGUGAGAAAAAUAAUGUAAAUACAAAUUUGAUUGAAAUUAAUAAAUUAAGUGAUCUCUUUGUCCUGUGGCACAAAAAAAGUUUUAGCGUUUUUGGAAUCAAUUUUCAAAAUGUUAGGUUACUUUUUGAAAUCUUUUAAGGUAGUCAUAAUCGUAUUUUCAAAUUAUAGUACUUUCUAUCAGUGAAGAAAAACACCAAAUGAUUUCAGUGGUCAUAAUCCUAUAUUUAAAUUAUAUGGUACUUUCUAUUGGUGGAGAGAAACAUCAAAUGAUUUCAGGAGCAUACAUGUACUAUUCCUGCAAAAGACUGUAUUACACAAAUAUUAAUAAGUAAUUCCUUGUGUUUCUUUUUAGCAUACCUGGUGUGCUAUUCUUAUCAUAUUAGAAGCUGCAUUCAUCAAACACAAGUAUCCAAAGAAUCGUGUAGGUUUGGGUGUGUUAGCUGUUUUUACAGCGAUUUAUCUUUCUUGGUAGGUCAAAAAAUUUUAUUUUGUUACUUAAAGACUUAAAGAUCAGUUCUCCUUACUGUCUGUCAAACAUUUGUUAUAAUCUUAGCUGUGAGAAUUUGCUGUAAGUCCUUUGAAUUACCUAUGAGUGACCAGCUUCUAAUUUCUUCUGACAAUAUCAUCCCUGGAUCAAACAUUGAGGUCAGGAGAAUAAAGGAAAUGAUCACCAAGUGAAGAAGCUUGUGAUUGUUCAACAAAUUCUCCUUGUCACAGGGUGUGAAAUUAACUUUUUUUUCUGAUAGCCACUUGGCUCCUAAAUUCUUCAAAGUGGUAGCCAAUUCAAAAAAAGUUGGUCGCCAUUUUCAAAGACAAACAAAAUCUUUCUUUGCGCUGUCAGCGUUCUAGAUAGACCCUCCAAAAUUAAGUUAGGGAAAAGAUCUUUAACGUGCUACAAAGUGGACACUAGGAUGUAUGAUAUACAACGUUCAGGCUCAUCUAAAUCCAAGAUGGCGUCUAGUUUCGAUCGAGAUGCAUGUGCUACGUUUUGGAAACAAACUUAACGAGGAAGUUUGCCGCGGAUUUAUCUUUGCAAAUUUAUUUAAUUCACUAUAUCUCUUAGUAAGGUUAUGAUGAAACGUUGCAGUCGCCAAUUUGGCGACUGACUUUCAGGAUUUGGUCGCCAAAGUGAAAAAUUUAGUCGCAUUGGCGCCUGUAUUAGGCGCAAUUUCACGCCCUGUGUCAGCACCUUAGGAAAUGUAUAGACAACAGUAUGGAGAAAAUACAUUCUAAGGUUAGAAUGUAGAGAGGAAAAAGUGGGUUCAAAGCAGAAUUUGUUAUGGUAAUAGGACCAAGUUGGGUAUAAUUUGUUAGUCACAAUAUGUACCCAUGAUUUGUUGAACGUGCAUACGAUUACAGAAAUAAUCAUAGCUAUUUCAAUUUCCUCAAAUGUGAUUGGUGCAUUAGCUGAUUUACUUUUCACUAACCAUUCUGUAUGGUUGUAAUCAGACAAUUGGCUGUAAUUGGACAGUUGAAGCAGCCAAUCGUACUAAGUCCACUCAGCUAAAUCUACCAAUCACAGAAUUGGCCACAAGAACCAAAUCACAACCACAUCCCUGAAAAAAAAAGAAAAAAACAGGGAAUUUCCAAAAUGGAGAAAUUUUUUACUUUAAACACUGUCUCUACGGGAGAUGUCUUGAUGUCUGUUCUAAAUGAAUUUGUUUUAUUUUCAGAAAUUGUAAUGGUUAUGAUUAAUUGGUAACAGGACCUUGUGUCAUCCAAUUCUGUCUGUAAUCAUACUUGUGAUUGAGAUAUCAGACUCCUGCUUCACAUUUGUCUGAAUUUGUUAAUCACUUGUAUGAUUGCAGACCAAAUUGGACUCUGGCACUCAGUCCUAUUACCAUUAUGAAUUGAAUGACACAAAUUCUAUUACCAUUCAAUCAACACUGUAACAAACUUUGAAAAACAAAACACUAGUCAAUGAAAAUCAAUCCGUGAAUCAAAACUAACAGUUGACUCUUUGGGAGAAAAGGAACCACAUAUUCCAGGCACAUAGGUGUAUUGCAUAAACUCUCUAGUUGGUGCAUAAAUCAGACUGCUUGGAACAAAUCACAUUGGCAUUUUGUUUUAGUAUCUGUACCAUGUGCACAUGUAUGUGGAUUAGCCACAGCCUUUUCCUGCCUUGUUAGCUGUCAAUAUUUUCAUUUCAGUUGUGCUCAUGGAGUAAUAAUAAUUGGGUUGAUUCAAAUAUCCUGGAUUAGUAAUCAUGAGUAAUUAUUAUGAAUUAUUAUUAAAUGUUUUGUAUCAUUAAUAAAUAACAAAUUUAUUGAUAUAUUUUGAUAGGAUAUCGUGGAUUGCUUAUGCAGCAAACUUUUGGGUUUAUCCAUUCCUUCGUCUAAUGCCUAAUUCUGGCAAAGUAGCAUUUUUUACGUUAGCAAGCUGUUUAAGCGCCUUCCUGUAUCUCUUGGGAAAAUGGAUGACUUUGUUCAUAUGGGGAGGUGAGGUAAAGCCUGUGAGCAGGUGUUCAUUGUCAGCGCCGUGACACCAGCGUUUCUUCGCCAGCGGGAAAGUUGGAGUCGUUGAACAAAACAAUUCGGAGGAGGUCUGCGAGGGGGCUGGCACUAAUUACGUGACUUGCAGAGCUCCCCCCAGCUCGCCCCAGACUUUCUCGCGGGCGAAAAAGAGCUCGUGUCGCGGCGCUGAUAACAAUGAGUUAUUAAUGAGGUUAGAUACACACAGAGCUGGAACUUUUAAAUUUAUGAAAUUUGGUGAGAAUUUUUUAGAGCUCCCGUUAUCGUGGGACAGUUAAUUUGGAUUAAUCUGAACCGGUGGCCUACCGUAGAAAUAAAGUGACAUUUUCAAAUGUCGCUGGCGUUGUCUAAAAGCUUCAUUAGACUUUUCGGAUCAAUAUUAGUAUCUAGGCAACUGCCCACCUACCCCUCCCCUAACUCAACAACAGUCAAUUGUAGGUUAGGGGAGGGGUAGGUGGGCAGUUGCCCAGAUACUGAUAUUGAUCCGACUUUUCUAUACUACAUACUUUAUUAUACUAUUAUACUAAUACAUUAUCAGGCUACUUCAACUGUGUUGUGUUUUUGUUGUUGUUGUUGUAGGCGACGGAGAGAAGAAGUCUACAAAUAAUUCGACUCUAAAGGAAGGAACAAAAAAGAGAGUGAAGAAAGCAGAUUAGAAUCCAAUACUCAUCAGCCUGCAAGGAGAGCCUUGUUUUUAAUGCUACUGUACAAAUGUUUCAUCGCCCGCGGGAAGGUAUGAUGCCUUGAGCCACGCCAGCCCGUGAAAGAACCGGAAGGGGUCUGGCACUAAGUAGUGUCAGUCCCCCGGCAAACCACUCCCCGACUCGUCUCAAAUCUUCCCGUUGACGGAGAAACUUGCGUCUUGCAGCACUGAUAUUACGGGUCUGAUGCAGGCUAAUGCUUAUGUUACAGUGAUUGUUUUGUCUAUCAAAACUUGCAGCUCUGGUAUAAUUUUUUUGUUUAAAAUUUAAAUGAAGAAAAUGGGUAGUUUAUGAUCGUGUUACACUUUUUAAAUUGGUUAUUAUGAAGAAAACAUGCAAAUCGUUCCUUCCGCUGUGUCAGAUAUCCUCUCUCGAGGACUAGGUUCGAGAUUGUGAUUUCAGCGUCACAUCUCGCGUUAUUAUACGUGAUCUAUUGUGGUAGACAUUUGUCCUCGUCAUGGAUCGUUCUUUACGAGAACUUGCCACUAGAUCUGUUCCCUUGCAGUACCAUGGAUGAACCAUUUAUCUUAACAGAAGACUUUGAACUUCGUAAUCUCCACUUUCGUGAAUUGUGCAGAAAAACGACUUAAAUGCUGUAAUUUGUCUUUGUCAAAUAUUUAAGUAUGAUUCACGAAAGACCUUUUGUCGAAACUAAAUCAAGUAAGAAGUCGUAUUCAGAGCUGGUAUGAUUGUUUUUAUGAAGAUAAGUUUUGUUUGUUUACCCACCUGUAUUUCUUUAAUGUAAAUCAUUGACUCCAAUGCAAGUAAAUCAUCGUAACAAACUCUCAAUUGUAGCAAAAGAACAGA